CUGACUUCAGUCACGUGCCUGUCAAACCCCCAUUCCCUCGCGCAGCCGCCGUCAUCACAACUGAGGAAGUAGUAAGAAGCUAACCUGGCUAAGGAAGACUAACCGCUGCGGCUAAUACAGUGUUAAUUAGCUGAACUGAGUUACGUCAGUUUUUUUGUUUUUGCCGACAAAUUAACUGACUCCAGUUGUUUGAAUUUCGGUUGGCAUGGAGUGAAGGGGAGCGAUGUUUUGGAGUUGUAGCUGUUGCUUGCUAACUUCCAAGCUAGCAGGCUAACGAUCAGCUGUUGUUUUGGUCGGAGAGUUAGCAGGCUAACGAGCCAAAUUGCAUAGUUUAACGGAAGUCAGCAAUACCAGGAGAACCAGACCAGGUUUUCUCGUUGCCUUCCCAAACGCCGACGUGCUCAGUCGGUUAAUGGCGACUCACAAAGGCGUACAACCCUGACAGAUUUAUCAGCGGUCAGGCAGUGAUCUGUUGACUGACAGGCGUCAAAUCGGUUUGGGAUUUAUCCAUUAGAGCAGUCUGUAAUAACUGAAUCAACAAUAUUGCUUAAAGAUGCAUGACGCGUAUGAACCAGUGCCUAUUUUGGAAAAGCUUCCUCUUCAGAUCGACUGCCUUGCGGCCUGGGAGGACUGGCUGCUUGUGGGAACAAAGCCAGGGCAUCUUCUGCUCUACAGAAUAAAGAAGGAUGCGGGCUCCAACCGGUUUGAGGUGACACUGGAAAAAUCCAAUAAGAACUUCUCAAAGAAGAUUCAGCAGCUUUACGUCGUCUCUCAAUACAAAAUUCUUGUUAGUCUUCUGGAGAACAACAUCCACGUCCAUGACCUCCUGACCUUCCAGCAGAUCACCGUGCUGCCCAAAGCCAGAGGAGCUACACUCUUUGCCUGUGACCUGCAGCAAACCAGCUCAGGAGAGGAAAGGUUGAGAAUGUGUGUCGCAGUGAAAAAGAAACUCCAGCUUUAUUACUGGAAGGACAGAGAGUUCCACGAACUGCAGGGGGACUUGGGUGCUCCAGAUAUUCCAAAGUCCAUUGCCUGGUGUGAGAACUCCAUAUGUGUUGGUUUCAAACGAGACUAUUACCUCUUUCGGAUUGAUGGCCGUGGCUCCAUCAAGGAGCUCUUCCCCACUGGGAAACAGUUGGAGCCCCUGGUCGCCCCGCUGGCUGAUGGGAAGGUGGCCGUUGGUCAGGAUGACCUAACUGUAGUGCUAAAUGAAGAGGGCGUUUGCACCCAGAAGUGUGCCCUGAACUGGACAGACAUCCCGAUAGCAAUGGAGCACCAGCCUCCGUACAUCAUCGCCGUCCUCCCUCGGUACGUGGAGAUCCGGACCUUUGAGCCGAGGCUGCUGGUGCAGAGCGUGGAGCUGCAGAGACCUCGUUUCAUCACCUCCGCAGGGCCAAAUAUCGUAUAUGUUGCCAGCAACCACUUUGUGUGGCGCCUGGUGCCAGUGUCAAUAUCCAGCCAGAUCCGGCAGCUUCUUCAGGACAAGCAGUUUGAGUUGGCUCUUCAGCUGGCGAAGAUGAAGGAUGAUUCAGAUGGUGAUAAGAAGCAGCAGAUACAUCACAUCCAGAAUCUCUAUGCCUUCAAUCUGUUUUGCCAGAAGAGAUUUGAUGACUCAAUGCAGGUGUUUGCCAAGCUCGGCACAGAUCCCACCCAUGUGAUCGGCCUGUACCCAGACCUGCUGCCCUCAGACUACCGCAAACAGCUGCACUAUCCCAACCCUCUGCCUACUCUGUCCGUGGCAGAGCUGGAGAAGGCUCAUCUCGCUCUCAUUGAUUACCUCACCCAGAAACGCAGCCACCUUGUGAAGCAGCUGAAUGACUCCGACCCUUCGACAACAUCUCCGCUCAUGGAGGGCACGCCCACUAUUAAAAGCCGCAAGAAACUCCUGCAGAUCAUUGACACCACGCUGCUGAAAUGUUACCUGCAUACCAACGUGGCCCUCGUGUCGCCGCUGCUUCGUCUGGAAAACAACCACUGCCACAUCGAGGAGAGCGAGUACGUCCUGAAGAAGGCGCACAAGUACAGCGAGCUCAUCAUUCUGUACGAGAAGAAGGGUCUGCACCAGAAAGCUCUGCAGGUGCUGCUGGACCAGUCCACCAAGGCCAACUCUCCGCUGAAGGGCCACGAGCGAACGGUGCAGUACCUCCAAAGACUGGGGGCGGAGAAUUUGGGAAUCAUCUUCGAGUUUUCUCCCUGGGUGCUGAAGACCAACCCGGAGGACGGCCUGAAGAUCUUUACAGAGGACCUGACGGAGGUGGAGACUUUGCCCAGGCGCCAGGUGCUGAACUUCCUGAAGGAGGGCUUCAAGGAGCUCGCCAUCCCGUAUCUGGAGCACAUCAUUUACGUGUGGGACGAUGAGGGCCCAGAGUUUCACAACGUGCUGAUCCAGCUCUACCUGGAGACGGUUCAAGAACUCAUGAAACAGUACCUCAGCUCCCUGCCAGAAGGAGUCCCAGCUGUUGCUGCGGGGAAGGAGGAAGGCAAACUGGGAGAGUUCAGGAACAAGCUGCUGUCGUUCCUGGAUAUUUCAACCAGCUAUGAACCGGCCAAGCUCAUCAGUGACUUUCCCUUUGAUGGCCUGCUGGAGGAGCGAGCUCUGCUGCUGGGCCGGAUGGGUAAACAUGAACAGGCGCUCUUCAUCUACGUGCACAUCCUGAAAGACACCCGCAUGGCUGAAGAAUACUGUCACCGGCAUUACAACAGUUCAGUCGAAGGGAAUAAAGAUGUUUAUCUGUCUUUGCUGCAAAUGUACCUGUCACCUCCUGACGUCCACUCUCUGGGGCCCAUUAAGAUGGAGCUGUCGGAGCCUCAGGCCAACCUCCAGGCGGCCCUGCACGUCCUGGAGCUGCACCACAGCAAACUCAACACCACCAAGGCCAUCAAUCUGCUCCCAGCUAACACUCAGAUCCGAGAGAUCCGGGUCUUCCUGGAGAGCGUCCUGGAGGAGAAGGCCCAGAGGAAACGCUGCAACCAGGUGCUGAAGAGUCUGCUGCAGGCUGAGUUCCUCAGGGUGCAGGAGGAGCGAAUCUUCCACCAGCAGGUUAAAUGUGUCAUCACAGAGGAGAAGACCUGCAGAGUCUGCAAGAAGAAAAUCGGAAACAGUGCGUUUGCCAGGUAUCCCAACAGCGUGGUGGUGCAUUACUUCUGCUGCAAAGACCGCAACGUGUGUCCCACUGAGCAGUAACCGCUUCACCUGAUAGUGACUGUUGACUCGUAAAUAACCACACACACACACACACACACACACACACACACACACACACACACACCUUCCCUCUCUGUGGACUUUAAUGCUCGGACACCUUUGAACUGGAAGUGCUGCAGUUGUCUGCCAGGCUGUGGCAUCAGACGCUUGUAUUCAAAGCACCUUACAGAACUCAGAGUGCAGACAUUUUGUUUUUAACCUGAGCUGACCUUGGACGCGGUUGUUAUCGUGCUCUAACAGCUGAGCAGAACGGGACCUCCUCAUGCAAAGCAAAAGGCAGCAGCUUUCUUUGUGUCCAUGCACGAAGUCACUGGAGGGACGUCCGGGGUCGCUCGACACGAGGGGGGAAAAUUAAAGAGGACGAGGGACUCUGACAUUUGAAAAGCAUGUGUCACUGUAACGCUGGGAGGGAUUCGCCGCCCCUGCGCGUCGUUUCGCAAAGAAAAUGGGCGCCACCGACAGACGCCCAGAGGAAGAGGAGCUGCAACGACAGGAGUUAGUGCUCGUUUUCACCAAGAGAUGAUUACAAGCUUUGCUCAGCGGUUUUAUUGUUGUUUUUCCUUUCUCUUCCUGCCUCUCGCUGUCUCCCACCCCUCCUGAAACACUGUGUAGGCCUCACUGCUUAAUAUGCCAUAUACACUCUGCAGGAGUACUGUUAAAUGCCUUUUAGGACUCUGAAGAUUGUAUUUAAAGUGAGGUCACAUGUCUCAUCUUUUUUGUUAGCAUGUGCUGGUGCUGACUAAGUGAAGCAGUAUUCGUCCUACAGCGUGUUUUUGUGUUUGAUUGAGGCGGCUUCCUGUGCUCACGUCAUUGGUGGUGACGUCCUUUUCACCGUCUUCACAGUGUGUGAACGACUGCUACCGCACACCUUGGUAUUUAUUUUUGUUUUUGUUGUUUCCCCCCCCGACAUUAAACAUUUUAUGAAGUAGAACUGUGAGGCUAAGUAACUUUUGAAAAGACAGAAUAUUAACACAAAAUGUUCCUUUUACAUUUUCCACAGAAAAUUAAUCUGCAGCUUUUUUGAUAAUCGGUUUAAUUGUUUUUAAGUUGUUUUUCAAGCAAAAGUGCAAAAAUUCACUGUUUCCAGCUGCUCAGCUUUGAGGAUUUGCUGUUUUUUUAAUGGGCUCGCACACAAGCAAAUUAUGAAAAUAUCACUGUGGGUCCAGUAAAAUGAUAAAUGUUUGUUUUGUUUACUUUUUUCACUUCCAGACUAAACUGAAGCAGCAAAACCCCUCAGGGGUUGUGUGUGUUGAACUGAGCAAGAGUGUGUUUUAUUGCUCAGCUUUUUAUAUGUAAAAGGCACAUUUUGUUAUUUAUUCUUUCAAAAGUUACGUAUUCUCACGGUAUCGCAAAGUUACAGCACUUUAGAUGUUACUUUGGUUGUUAAUUUAUUGUCAAACCACACAUCGGUAUGAUGAGAACAUGGAUGGGAGUUACUCAGAAGGUUUGAUUGAUUUGUGCAUUUUGAUAGCAAUAUUGUCAGAGAAUGUGUCUGUUUACCGUCUGCAUGGGAGCUAAUUCAACAAGCAGCACUCCUCGGCUUAUUAAAAAUGAAAUAAAGCAAUGAAUGUAUAUCUUGAGACUGAUUUGCGCUCCACAGUGUCAUUGCUCUGUGACACUCUUUAUUUUACAUGACUCAGACUUGUCUUUUAACCAAUAAGUCUGAGCAGCCGGGAGAAUUUUUGCGACAUUUUUAAGUUAACUUCCUUCCAAGUUGUAGCAUAACCUGCAUCUCCUGCUCUUCUACUCUGAAAGGUUUGCACACGUCUUCUGCCAAGACUGUUUCUGAAUAUUUGUUUUUAGUGUGAACAUUUGUACCACUGUGUGUAUACUGUACAAAGCCUGAGAAUAUUAAUGACAAACUUCUCGUUGAAGUAAUUUGAAUCUGAGGGGGAUACGUCUGUCUGUCUGUCUGUCAGGCUUUGAUUGGUAAUAAACAAGCAUUUCCAGUCUUA